UCCCUACAGUCUGAUUCAGAGUAACGGCACGUAUGUCAUCAUGUUAGCUGCUAGUGAUGAUCAGUGAUCAUUUUUCUUCAGUUCAGAAGAGCACUUUAGUCCAGUCUUUCCUAAAUACAUUGACUCUUUCUUCUGUAAACGGACUCUUUUCUGAAUACUCUUCCUCACCCAGUUUGUAUUGUCCUCUGCAGUCGUUGUUCUCCGCUAGCCUGUUGGCCUCUGCUCGUUAGCACAUUGAGUCAGCAGCAGGCUAAGCUUUCUGCUUUAUGCCAUAAGUCCAGUUAUACACCAUAAACUACUGACGCUCGAUACAGUAAGAAAGAUGGAGUUGCAGGCGGUGUUGAUGGCCGCUGGUGGCGGGUCCAGAAUGAUGGACCUUACUUACAACACCCCUAAACCUUUAUUGCCUGUGGGGAACAAGCCACUUAUUUGGUACCCACUUAACCUGCUGGAGAGAGCUGGCUUUGAAGAGGUUAUGGUAAUCACCACUAAGGAAGUGCAGAAAGCCCUGAGCACAGAGCAAAGGCUGAAGCUGGACGUGAAGAUGAAGCUGGACGUUGUCUGUAUCCCAGAGGAAGCUGACAUGGGCACUGCUGAUGCCCUGAGACACAUUCAGCAGAAGAUUAAGACUGACAUCCUGGUGGUGAGUUGUGACCUGAUCACUGACGUGGCACUGCAUGAGGUGGUGGACCUGUUCCGCGCACACAACGCCACACUCUCCAUGCUCAUGAGCAAAGUGCACGAGUUCACCGAGACAGUGCCUGGCCAGAAGGGGAAAAAGAAAACAGGAGAACAGCGGGAUUUUGUGGGAGUGGACAGCACGGGUAAGAGGCUGCUCUUCAUGGCUAAUGAAGCUGACCUGGAGGAUGGUCUUGUCAUCAGGAAGUCCAUCAUGCGCAAACAUCCCAAGAUGCACAUCAAGACAGGGCUUCUGGAUGCCCACCUGUACUGCCUUAAGAGAUCUGUGGUUGACUUCUUAGUCGACAACAAGUCUAUCUCGUCUCUGCGAGGGGAGCUGGUGCCAUAUUUGGUGCGUAAGCAGUUUACCAAGGCCUUGGGCUCCCAGAGGGACGACGAGCACACAGAUCAGAAUCUGAAGAGAAAAGAUGCCAAUGCCUCCCUGGAGAUCUUGAGCUCCUCUAAAGACGAGGCUCUGCUGCAGCUGGCUUGUGAGCGCUCAUGUUGGAAUGAUCACCGUGGCGACAUGAGCGAGGCGUACCACGGAGGCCAGCUGCGCUGCUAUGCCCACAUAAUGGAAGAUGGCACAUGUUACCGUGUCAACACACUCGCCGCAUACGUCGAGGCCAACCGUGUGGCUCCCAAGCUGUUUGAAGAGCCUCCUGUCCACCCCUCUGCUGUUAUCUCUGAGCGCAGUCUGGUUGGAGGUGAUAGCAUCAUUGGAGCUUUUUGCCAGAUAGCAGACAAAACAUCCAUCAAGCGUUCCACCAUUGGCACAUCCACUACAGUUAAGGAGAAGGUUAAAGUCACCAACUCAAUCAUCAUGAACGGCAUCACUAUUGAAGAAGGGUGUAAUAUCCAGGGUAGUGUAAUCUGUAACAACGCCGUGAUUGGACGAGGUGCAGACCUCAAGUAUUGUCUGGUGGGGAGUGGUCAGCGCAUCGAAGCGGAGGCUGAAAGAACCAAUGAAGUCAUUGUUGGAUCAGAUCAACUCAUGGAGAUCUAGAACCUGCAGGGGGGACCUGAUCAAGCUGCCACCAAAACCAGAUGGAAUAUCUUCCCUCUUGGACACCUCCUUGAACAUGAUCAUUUUGUACUGAAUUUGUCCCAAUAAACAUGAAUUUAUUUAUCUCA